GUACAACCUGCUAUAAUCCCACCCUUUUCGCAGUAAACCAGCCAAUCACAGGCUCGGCAGUUUGGUAUAAAUAGCACGUCAUUUCCUUCCAGCGUCCUCUUUUUCACCGUGUGGGCAGAUUUCCAUACGGCGUUGUUUCGUGCUCUCCCAUCAAACUCGUAACGCAGGGAAAGCGGUCACGAUGUCCGGAGGUCUGGAUGUCCUUCAAAUGAAGGAGGAGGAUGUGCUGAAGUUCCUGGCUGCAGGAACCCAUCUGGGAGGCACCAACUUGGACUUCCAGAUGGAGCAGUACGUCUACAAGAGAAAAAGCGACGGUGUGUAUAUCAUUAACCUGAAGAAGACCUGGGAGAAGCUGCUGCUGGCAGCCAGGGCUAUUGUUGCCAUUGAAAACCCAGCUGAUGUGUGCGUCAUUUCUUCCAGGAACACUGGACAGAGAGCAGUGCUGAAGUUUGCCUCUGCCACCGGUGCCACCACCUUCCACGGUCGGUUUACCCCCGGUACAUUCACCAAUCAGAUCCAGGCAGCCUUCAGGGAGCCCCGCCUCCUGAUUGUGACUGAUCCUCGUGCCGACCAUCAGCCACUGACUGAGGCUUCCUACGUCAACAUCCCCACCAUUGCUCUGUGCAACACUGACUCCCCACUGAGAUACGUGGACAUCUCCAUCCCCUGUAACAACAAGGGUCACCACUCUGUGGGUCUGAUGUGGUGGAUGCUGGCCAGGGAGGUUCUCAGGAUGAGGGGUACCAUCUCCAGGGAGCACCCAUGGGAGGUCAUGCCUGAUCUGUACUUCUACAGAGACCCUGAGGAGAUUGAGAAGGAGGAGCAGGCUGCAGCUGAGAAGGCUGUUGGAAAGGAGGAGUUCCAGGGUGAAUGGAGCGCUCCUGCAGCUGAGUUUCCCCAGACUGAAGUGGCCGACUGGUCUGAGGGUGUUGCAGUUCCAUCUGUGCCCAUCCAGCAGUUCCCUGCAGCUGCUGCAGCUGUUAAGCCAGGUGAAGUAUUUUCUGCAGAGGACUGGAGCAAUCAGCCUGCCACAGAGGACUGGUCCACUGCACCCACUGCUCAGGCUUCUGACUGGGGUGGCGCCACAUCUGACUGGUCUUAAAACGGACCAUGGCAACAAUAAAAGUGUUUUUUCCACUUUAA